AGGACGUCGUCGGCGUGUUGCUCGAUGCUGCACCGGCGAAGAACAAAUCGAUCCGUAGCUCCAACUACAGCGAGUUGGAAGACGCGGCUUUGAUCAAUGCGUGGGAGUCGGUGUCGAUCGAUGCCGUAACCGGCACCGAUCAAACCGGCAAGCGCUAUUGGCAAAGGAUUGAGGAUGCAUUCUUCCAUGCCAUGCCGCGCAAUGCUACAACGGCGCCACGCAGCUACCGAUCGUUGCAAGGUCGUUGGGAUGUGAUCAAGAACGCGGUGAGCCGUUGGAGUGGGUGCCUCGAGCAAGUGAGGAAUGCCCCUCCUAGCGGCACCAACAUCGACGAUUGGGAUCGCAUUGCAAUGGAGAGGUACAAGCAAAUGCCCGCUUCGAAAGGAAGAGCAUUUGCGCUACACCAUUGUUGGAAAUUGCUUGAGUUUAGUGAGAAAUGGAAGCUGCGGGACAAAGAAGCACCACCGGCCAAGGGUGCAUUGUCACAAUUGGAUGACAAUGAGGAUGAUGUGCUCACACACAAGAAGAACUCCGGGAGGCCGGAUGGAAACAAGAGCGCGAAAGAGAAGCUAAGGAGGCAAGCCGAGGCUGCGGGGUUGAGGGAGAAGAUUGACGAGAUGAUGAAGUCCAAGGAGCAUUUGGUGAACAAGGCAUUGGAAACAAAAAUGUUGAUCAUGGAAAGGAAAAGCCAAGAGAAGCAAGCCAAGUGGGAGCUACUCCGGCAAGAUGAGCUGCGCAAGGCUGCCGUCGAGGAGAAGAGGGCUAAUGCCGAUGAGAAGCGCGCCAUGGCCGAGCUCAUUGCGGAGGAGAACAAGGUGAUGAUGAUGAACCCCGGCAACAUGGAUGAGCUCACAAAGGAAUGGUGGAAUCUAUCUAGGAUGGAGAUCUUGGCAAGAAGAAGAGAAGCGGCGGAGGCUCGCGCUGCUGCAGAGGAGGCAGCUCGUGCGGCGGCAAGUGGUGGUGGUGGCGGCGGCGGCGGCGUCGAUGACACGGUGACGCGUGGUGGUGCAUGA